UUUAUCUGAUCCCCGCGAUCACCCCGACCCUUCCAAGCUAACGAAUUUGUGGCCCACCCACUCCGAGCUCAGACAAGGAUACCUCUGUAUACCUCCUCCGUACGUAGCUAAUCUCCCACCGACCACAAAAUGCAAGCCGCAGUCAACUGGCCUCAGAAGUACCACCCGGGUACAACCGACAACUUCGUCUCCAACGAGGUCUACGUGCCCGGAACCACCGUCGAGCGCGUCUGGGACUACCUGGCCACUAUCACCAGAUGGGAGUCCUACUACGAUAACGUGGGCCAGAUCACCCCGCCAAGCUCCGGCCCUGUGCUACGCGAAGGGGACAAGUUUUCGUUCUCCACCUUCGGAUUCCCCCCGCUCCAAGCAGAGGUGCACGAGUCGGCGCCGCCGACGGACAACGCGCCGGGGAGACUCGCGUGGCGCGCCUGGCAGGAGGGCGACGAGGACACCGCGCUAGAUAUCUACCAUGCGUGGAUCGUGGAGAAGACCGAAUGGGGGGUGGCUCGCAUCCUAACGCAGGAAUCGCAGAUCGGGAAGCCGGCCGCGCAGCUGGCGACCCAGAAGCCGAACCCGAUGUUGAACGGGCACCAGGCGUGGCUGGAUGGGUUGGCGGAGAUUUCGCGGUCCGGUUGAUGUGGGAUCGUCCAGGAUGGUUUUGUGCUGUUGAUCAUGUGGGCCAUCUGGCAUCUACGCGGUGCUC